CACAGCCGUAGCCUGCCACCACCGCCUGCACACCCCCAUGGACUUCUUCCUCCUCAACCUUGCCCUCCUCGACCUGGGCUGCAUCUCCACCACUCUGCCCAAAGCCAUGGCCAAUGCCCUCUGGGGCACUAGGCACAUCUCCUAUGCUGGAUGUGCUACACAGACCUUUCUGUUUGUCUUCCUGAUAUCGGCAGAGUAUUGCAUUCUCACCAUCAUGUCCUAUGAUUGCUACGUUGCCAUCUGCAAGCCCCUGCACUACGGGACCUUGAUGGACAGCAGAGCUUGUGCCAGCAUGUCAGCAGCUGCCUGGGGCACUGGGGUUCUAUAUGCUGGGAUGCAAACUACAAAUACAUUUUCACUGCCUCUCUGUCAUAAGAAUGUUUUGGACCAGUUCUUCUGUGAAAUCCCUCAGAUCCUCAAGCUUUCCUGCUCACGCUCCUUCCUGAGGAAACUAGGGCUUCUUGUGUUUGGUAUUUUUGUGCUAUUUUGGUGCUUUCUUUUCAUUGUUGUGUCCUAUGUGCAGAUCUUCCGGGCCGUGCUGAGGAUGCUCUCUGAGCAGGGACGGCACAAAGCCUUCUCCACAUGCCUCCCUCACCUGGCUGUGGUCUCCCUCUUUGUCAGCACUGCCACAUUUGCCUAUCUGAAGCCCUCGACUCUAUCAUCCCCAUCCCUGGACCUGGUGGUGUCAUUUCUGUACUCAGUGGUGCCUCCAGCAGUGAAUCCUCUCAUUUACAGCAUGAGGAACCAGGUGCUCAAGAAUGCAGUGAGGAAAAUGAUGUCAUGGUCACAUUUCAGCAGGCAUAAACUUCACAUCUGUCUCAACUAAUGACUACCAGUGU